AUGGUAUGGAAUUUAACCCGGUCAGCCGGUGAACAAGAAGACGAAGGAUUGAAGGUGCUGCAGAAGUUUUGCAGGAGAAAAUACAGACACUCUCUUACGAAUGCUUUAAUAAGCUCAAAAACUCACAAACGAGAAUCCGUGACGGCAGAAGCUCAAAGCGCGGAAUCUAUUGGUUUGAGUACAAAUAAUGUUACCAAGGAUGCUAUAGAUCAUGGUGAAUACAAUAUUUAUAACGAAGAAAGCAGUCAGCCAAGUGUGUACGAUGUCAUUGAAGAAAUCUUAAGCAAUCAAAGCAAACCAACUCGCUGCCAUCCAUUCAAGUUGAUGUGGUACAAUCUUGAAUUCAAAUUUGGGCGUUGGAUAAAAUGCGCAUUAUUGUUGUUAGUGCUAAUUGCAUAUGCACUUUUCGGUGGAUUACUUGUUCAUCAGUUUGAAGCACCUGCUGAACGUGAGCUGAAUGCUCAACUUGACCAAGGGACCAUAGAGCGCCAUAAAAUUUAUGCGAAAAAAAUAUCAGGAUUAUUUAUGUCGUCACACUGUCAGUCUACUACAGGACACAGUGAUGAACAAAAUGGUACUAAGAUAGCACCACUUUUAAAACAGAUAACAUGUAAUAGAAGGCUUGAACUGCUACUAGAGGAGUACGACGAGCUAAUAGGCAUUUUGGCCUACAAGCGUAAUCCCUGGAAAUGGGCCGAUUAUUGGAAUGCUGUAUUUUAUUGUGGCACUAUUUUUACCACCAUUGGAUAUGGAAAUAUAUGGUGCCGAACCACUAAGGGUCGGGUUUUUACAAUUUUAUAUGCUUUAUUGGGUGUGCCGUAUAUGUUGGUAGUACUGAACGAAUUUGGAAAGCUGAUUCUUCUGUACGUACGCAAUAUCUGGUUUUUUAUCCGGAAAUGUUUCAAGUGCUUUGCACAAUUUAUUUUGAGGUGGAGGACAAGAGAAUACCAGGUUUCUAACGAAACUCAAAUCCAAAUGAAAAAAACCCACGAAGCAAUAAAAAACAAUAAUCGUGAUAGUAAUGAAAACGAUGCUACGAACAGUGAGAAUGAUGAUUACGAAACAUUUCCAAUUUACGGCGCAAUACUAAUUAUCGUCGUUUACACUGCACUUUGCUCAUUCAUAUUUCGUAUAUGGGAGCACUGGGACUAUUUCACCGCUUUCUACUUCUUCUUCAUCUCUUUAACCACCGUCGGAUUGGGAGAUGAAAUGCCAAAUCAUCCUCAUUUUGCAUGCGUGUUUUUCAUAUUUUUCAUCGUUGGAUUGGCGUUAGUAUCGAUGUGUGUCUCAAAUGUACAGAUGGAAUUUGAAAUGAGAUUCAUGAAAGCAAUCAAUCUGAUUGAUGAACAUAGCAGAGCGCGACAACAACGAGAUCAGAAAAGUUUGUUGAGAACUGUCGGAGGUCCAGUAAGAUUCAUCAACUCAGUCCCCGUGUUGAACCCACUCGCGUUCAUACCAACUGUUUCAAAUGGUCUUACAAGAGAACGAUGCAGACAUGAGUCUUCGGAGGAGUUGCAAAACACCUUCCAAAGAGUACCUUCCGUCCUUGAAACAGUGUUGAGUCGAACAAGCAUACGGCUUUCUAGAAAAAAAAAACAGGAAACCAUGUCAGUAUAA